GGGCACAGUCCGACGGGCAAAACCCCGAGGAGCGCCAGUCGUUCCUUCCUAUUUCCUCCUCUCAGCGCCCUCCCUGGCGGCAGGCGGGGGCGAACCCCGAGAGCGCGCCGAGCCGUCGGGCAUCUUAUCGAUCCCGGCGGCUUUCAGGGACGGCUCAAAUAGGCUCGUCAGAGCCGUGCCCCGUCAGAGCCAGUCAGGUGUACCGCACAAAGAGCUCCGUCCGUGGCAGCACACCAAGACCCGCAGAGACCGCAGGUACACGGCACGCUCGUGACAAGCACUAACCCGGUUCAACGGACGUCGGCAGCGGCUAUUGGUCAUCGCCUACGAGGAGAGUCUGCGACUCGUCGCCCCAAAAAAGGAGAUUCCCUUGCCGGCGAGGUUCAACAGAGGUCUUAAAAGCACGUGACGAGUCGAGAGCCCACGAUGAGGCUGUGUGUGUUUCUCCUGCUGGCCGCCGUGGUCCUGGUGGCGCUAGUGGAGCUGAGCAGCGCCAAGCGGCAGUACCAGGACGAAGGCAAGUCCCACAACGUCGGAGGCCACGGGGGCAGGAAGCACCACCACAAGGAGCGCCGGCACGACUCCAAGCAGCAGCACCACGACAAGGGCCGCAAAGGCAAGCACUCUAAGAAGCAGCAAGAGGAGGCCCGCAUGUCUGAAUACCAGCAGCAGCGCGAGCAGGAACUGCCGCAGCAGGACCAGGAGGCUGCAGCGCCAGAAUCCAAGUCCUACCCCAAGGACAGCAAGAAACAGUUCAAGUCCAAGCAAGGCUACAAGGACGCUGCGGCCCAGGAAAAGCAGGCUGUCUACGAGGGCAAAAAGGGUGGCAAGGACUACAAGCAGCAGAAGCAGCAGGGCAAGCCAUCAAAGAACCAAGUUCCCGUACAAGAGCAGAAGCAGUCCAAGUACCAGGGCAAGAACGCCAAGACCGAGAAGGCGGCCAAGAAUGAACCUCGCGAGGAGACCCGACAGCACCUAGAGAAUCUGGAGGAACCCCAGAAGCAGGCCGUCAAAGAAAAGGCAAAGCAGCAGCAGCAGCAGCAGCCUCAGGAACCCAAAGACAUGUGCAGCGAAAGCAAGCCAUCUCCGAGUCCGUCUGGCUCCAAGUGCCCGAUGGCGGCCACCGCCCAGGCAGCCGCAGCACCACCGGCGCCAGGCGCGGGCGGCGCCCUUCUGGGCUGCCCCGUGGCCAAGACGUCGAUGGGACACGGCUGCGCCCAGUCGUGCGCCUGUCCCGACACAGCGGUGUGCUUCGCCGCAAACGGCAACGUCCGUGGCGUCUGCAAGCUGCCCGAACCGGAUGACCUCACGCACGGGUCCUACCUCCCGUGAACUGCCGGGACAAGAGUUCAAGUCUUCCACGACGACGCGCACGCUCCGCACCACCUCCCAGUUCGUUAUAGACCCGCUCGCAGCCUCGACGUCAUAGUUCUCCAAUGGCGCUACGGUUGCCUGUCCACGUGACCAGCGUGGGCACUGCACAUGCGCUGAAACGAGGCGUCUCGUUCUCGAGGCGUCGUCUGCGCAUGAUCAGUGCCCACUAAUUGCUGGGUCCCUAUCCCACCUGUUGCUAUAUAGCCGUCACGUUGUCUCCGAAGACAGCUAACCCUCGUUUAACCGGUGCCAUCUUGGCGAUCUCUUGCCAGGGUUGAGAGGUCGACCAAGCGUGUGUCCACGAGAGUCGAUUCAAGAACUGUUGUCACCUUGGACGAAUUAGAUUAUGUAAUUCGCCAUGUCUGUAAAUCUGAAGGGACGAUUGUUCGGCAGUUGGAGUUCUGCACACGCCGGAUUUUAAGUAGAGACGCACGGCGGCCUCCGGCUCAGCGAAAGUUGGCUGUUUUCGCUCUCGAUCGAUCUUCCUAUCAUAGUUUGCUUUCCGUGCAGAAACGCGUACGCAGUGUAGCCGGGCGUUGACCGACGCAGUGUCUUUUGUAUCAUAGACCGAAUCGCACGUGUUUCUUUUAUCCGUUUGAUCGUACACGUUUUCUUUUGAAGCCAAGUGUAUAUAUUGUUUGUAUGAAUCAAUAAAAGCAAACGUUGUUGUAA